AUGAACAAUGUUGGAACGAUAGCUCUGCGAAUAGCCCGAACAGGCUUAAAAGCUUCGCCUUCCACCCUCCCUCACAGGCCAAUUUCACGAGCAUGGCUUUUGAGUACAUUCUUCUGUCAUAGCCAGAAGCCUCUGAUAUCCCAGCAAUCGCGCAAUCCGUCACUUAAAUCUCCCUUCUCGACAGUCACGUUGCGCACCUUCUCGCAAACCACACGACGCAGCUUCCGCCAGUCUCUCAUUGUGCAGAAGCUCAAACCUUACGGAGCCGACAACAAGCCUGAAAAGGGCCUGAAGUUUCAGGACGCCGAACUCAGCAGAGAGCAGAUAUUAUCUAUCUUUGGACGUCACGCUCCUCCUACUCAAGUUGCGAAUCGACUGCUCCGAGUCCUCCAUGGGCGCCGCCACGAUGGAACGUUGGAUCUACCUCUUCCCAAAGAUGUCGAGUCGCAGCUUGGAAAAUUUCCCCACGCGGUCGAAGACGGUCUACGCUAUUUGAGACAGGCAUAUCCCAUCGACGAAGAUGAGGCGAUUUUGUACCGCAUUGAGCGAGAAGAGGACGAACUUGACAAGGAGCAUCCUUCAGUUCUAAUGCAAAGGGGACAAGAUAUUGGUCUUUACAGGGCACAUAACGCACCGGAGGAACCCUAUUACGGCCCCCAGAGCGGACAUUAUCAGGCGGAACUUAGCGAAAAAGAGAGCGACCCAUAUGGAAAGAGUGAAUUGGACAGGAUCCGCGCCGAAAAUGAAGCCAGACGUGAACAGGAAGAGGCGGAAUUGCAGGCACAAAUCGACAAGGAAAUGGAGAAAGCCCAGAAAGCCCAAAAUGAUCGAUCUAAAGCCCUUGCUGCACGACCAGAACAAGGACUAGAAUCGGCCAAGGAGCUCAGGCCGCCCAACAGUUUUGAAAGAUGGGUGCUGAGAGCCCGUAAUCGAGCCCAGUCUAAGCUGACGCUCGAAUCACCAGAGAUCGCCGAGAUGUCCAUACUGCGGCGCCUCUUUCCUUCACUGUUCCUUGUCGCCUUGCUCUGUGGUGGUUGCUUCGUCUUUGCCCAAGACUGGACUCGACCAAAGCAGUCCGACCGACUCUUUCCGUCUGUGUCGCUUUCAUUCGCCACGAUUGGCACUCUGAUCGCCAUCAAUGCCACCGUGUGGCUGGCUUGGAAGUUCCCGCCGUGCUGGUCCCUGCUGAACAAGUACUUCUUGUUCGUUCCCGCCUAUCCUUAUGCACUCAGCAUGGUGGGAAACCUGUUUAGCCACCAAACACUAUGGCACUUGACGAUGAACAUGGGGGCUUUGGCGAUCUUUGGUCUUCCUCUUCAUGAAGAAAUUGGCCGUGGAAACUUUCUAUCCAUUUACUUUACCUCGGGCCUGAUAGGAGGCUUCGUGAGUUUUGCCCGCCACCUUGCUCAACGCAAUUUGGCAACUUCUGUCCUUGGUGCCAGUGGGUGUGUGUAUGGCAUUAUUGCUGCAUAUCUUGCUCUUCAUUCCCGCGACAACUUCUCUCUUAUAUUCAUUCCCCGUGACUGGACAGAUAAAUUAUCAUUCAGUGGCCAGACAGUCCUUGUGCUCCUUACUGUGAGUCAAGUUUUUGGAGCACUGGGGCGCCUGGGAAGGUACGACUACAUCGACCACUUAGGGGGAAUGGCGGUGGGUUAUGCCUACGCUCGAUGGCUACAGAGCAACGGGCACAGGCGGAAAGCAGACACAACCAGACUGGGUUCAUGGUGGACGAACAUGGUCGGGAAAAAGCCGUGA